AUGAUUUACGAAGAUAUCCCAUUGUCUUUUGGAAAUUUAACUGUGUUGGCAAAUCUUCUGUUAUGCAACAAUAAUCUUCGUGGCAGAAUCCCUUCAAGUCUGGGGAAAUUCCAAAUGUUACAGGAAGUAAGACUUAUUCAAAACAAUCUUAGUGGUUCCAUACCUAGUGAAGUUCUCAGUCUCUCAUCGUUAUUGUAUCUAUACAUAUCUCGUAAUGAUUUGACAAGUUCCCUUCCAACGGAAAUUGGAAUUUUAAAAAAUCUAGAAGAACUUGAUGUUUCCGAGAACAUGUUUCCAAGCACUCUUGGUAGUUGCCAAAAAUUGAGAUUACUACAUAUAGAGAGCAACAAAUUUUGGGGAAUCCUUCCUUCCUAUUUAAGUAAUUUGAGAGCUACUGAUGGGUUUUCUCCAUCCAAUUUGGUCUGUGUGGGUAGUUUUGGUUCUAUGUACAAAGGAGUUCUUGGUGAAGAGGUUGCCAUUGAUAUUGCUUCUGCACUUGAUUAUCUUCACAGUCAUUGCUCAGAACCAAUCGUUCACUGUGAUCUCAAGCCGAGCAAUGUUCUUCUAGACGAUGAAAUGACUACUCAUGUAGGUGACUUUGGAUUAGCAAGAUUCCUUCCAGAAGCUAACUAUGACUGUUCAGCAAACCAAUCAAGUUCUGUUGGCAUAAGAGGAUCUGUCGGUUAUGCUGCUGCUGAAUAUGGCAUGGGAAAUGAGGAGUCAACAUUUGGUGAUGUAUAUAGUUAUGGCAUCCUUUUAUUGGAGAUGUUCACGGGGAAGAGACCUACAGAUAACAUAUUUUGUGAUAGUUUGGGUCUUCAUAGCUUCGUUAAGACUGCUUUGCCCGAACAAGCAGCAAGCAUUAUUGCCGAUCCAAGACUGUUUAAACAAAAAGAUCAGAGCUCUACUAAUAGUCACAAAAUUCAGGAGUGCUUGAUUUGGAUUCUUAAAGUUGGAAUUACUUGUUCAGAGGAAUGA